AUGCGACUUCUCCAAUGCACCGCAAACCAGGACCAAGACAUCAUUCAGGUUAGUCUCACCGAGUAUGCGUCCUCACAGAUUCCACCGUAUGCGAUACUCUCGCAUCGCUGGAGAGAUGAAGAGGUGGAGUACCAGCAUAUGACCAGCGAUGUCGACUAUAAGAACAUGCGAGGCUAUCCUAAGAUCGAACAAUGCGCCCGCGCUGCCCUGGAAUAUGGAAUACAUCACAUCUGGGUCGAUACCUGCUGUAUAAACAAGAGCAGUAGUGCUGAACUGUCGGAAGCGAUCAAUAGCAUGUACCUGUGGUAUAAUGACUCACUUAUAUGUUUCGCCUUCCUCGACGAUGUAUCUUACGAGCGCGGCAAACUCGACUUCACUCAAGUCCGAACUAGUUCUUGGUUCACAAGAGGCUGGACACUACAGGAGCUGAUCGCGCCGAAGACGAUGGUAUUUUACUCCAAGGAAUGGUCGAAGCUGGGCAGUCGAAUCGAUUUGGCGAACACUAUCUCAGUCGCUUCCGGGAUAGACAUCAAGAUCUUGCAAAAUACAAGACAUUUAGACUCAGCUAGUGUCUCUGAAAAGAUGUCGUGGGCUGCCACCCGGGAGACUACGAGAAUUGAAGAUGUGGCUUAUUCACUCAUGGGACUUUUUAGCGUCAGUAUGCCAACGCUCUAUGGCGAAGGCUCGCGCGCAUUUCGUCGCCUCCAGCUCGAGAUUAUGCAGUCAACGAAUGACCACACGCUGUUCGCGUGGGAAGACACGACUUGCAAUGGCGAUAUGCUCGCUUCUUCGCCCCGUCAAUUCAAAGACUGCCACGUUUUCCAGCCCAUCUCUUAUCCCGAGUUUAUCUCGAGGUUCGGUAUUCACGAACCGAAACCAGACUUUUCCAUGACCAACGCAGGCUUGCAUAUCCAACUCCCAAUGCUCACCAACCCAACUGAAAAAAGCCCGGACUCAUUCAUCGCGUUUCUAGCUUGCGUUCGCGUUGAUCCUGUGAAUCGUAUCUUCGCUCGCAUAUUCCUGGAGCGGACAGACGAUCAGAAAUUCAGUGGAUUCCAUCGUGUGGUGAAGUACGGGCACACAAUCGAAGCGCACUUCAAUCCGACUAGUAGUAAUGUAGCGACGCAGACGAUUUGGAUAUCUCCUAAAAGAGUGAGAGUCGCUGCUAGGCGCGAAGAGGAGUACAUCCCUAGCAGAGUUAUCACCAUGGAUGCAAAGCCGAGCAAGAGGGACAGCUGGCAGAUGGUUGAGGGCUUUGUCGGAAACCUAAGAAGGCGGAGUACAAUGAGAUUAGGCAUUGGGAGUGCAAGAAGAAGGGCAGGAGGAGCGUCUUGA